GCCUAACCACUGGACCGCCCGGGAAUUCGGAGUGAUUUUUUAUGUUGAGAACUAGUACAACAUAUUGAGAACUUGCGCAUCUCAAACUGGCUAGGGAUGUUUGGUCAGUGUGUCAACUUUAUGCGUAUGUAAGUUGCCAAGCAGUAAACCCGUCUUUGCAGUGGCUGCAGCAGGUGCAUACAGGACGCCAAGGUGUUUACAGUUGAAGAAAUGAUGCCUCAUAUCCAACAUUUGAAAGGAGCACAUAGUAAGAACUUAUUUCUUAAGGACAAAAAGAAAAAAGGCUAUUGGCUGGUGACAGUUCUUCAUGAUAGACAAAUUAAUUUAAAUGAUCUUGCCAAGCAGUUAGGUGUUGGAAGUGGAAAUCUGCGGUUUGCUGAUGAAACAGCCAUGCUAGAAAAACUGAAAGUUGGCCAAGGCUGUGCCACGCCGUUGGCACUCUUCUGUGAUGAUGGAGAUGUGAAAUUUGUUCUGGAUUCUGCUUUUUUGGAAGGUGGACAUGAAAAGGUGUACUUUCAUCCAAUGACCAAUACUGCAACCAUGGGAUUGAGCCCUGAAGACUUUCUCACAUUUGUGAAGAAGACAGGACACGAUCCCAUAAGACUAAAUUUUGAUAAAAACUAAUUGGGCUAAUGUUUAGAAUACCUUUAUUUCUGAAAGCUGUUUUUCUUACUUGUAAUUAUAAAAAGCAUUAAAAGUGGUAAGAUAUAUAUAG